AUGCCGACGGCGGUGGCCAUGAUCGGCGGCCUCGCCGGCUACGCCGCCUCCCUCGGCCAGUGUACCGAAACUUCCUACAGUCUUACAAGUCAGUACAGAUGCUGGCGUCUUAAAACCAUAGAAGACCUUUACACAGUUGGUUUACAGCAACAAAACAUGAUGGAUGGGCACCAUCAGCUCGCUAUGAUGCAGCAGCAGCAGCACCCGCCGCAAGCAGCCACGAGUGAGAGCGAUGCACGCGGCCCACGCCACGACGAGCAGCUGAUGGAGAGCAAGUCUGCCAGCGACAACAUGGAGGGAGGUGCCGGGUCAGGCUCCGGUGGUGAGGAGCUGCAGGAGGAUCUCAGCCUGCAGCCAGCCCGCAAGAAGCGCUACCACCGCCAUACCCAGCACCAGAUCCAGGAGUACCCGCACCCUGACGACAAGCAGAGAAAGGAGUUGAGCCGGGAGCUGGGACUGGAGCCUCUCCAGGUCAAAUUUUGGUUCCAGAACAAGCGUACCCAGAUGAAGGAAUGCUUCCGAGCGAGCCCUCGUCAUGGGGUGCGCCAAGGCCUCCAACAGAUGUCGCUUGGGAUCCGCCGUGAAUGUCCCGUGAAGCCUGUGCCCGGCGAGAAGUCGGAGGUUUCGGCAGAGACCUUCAGAGGCUACUAA